AAAGCCACCAGUGUCUUCCACACGUGGGGGGAAGGAGGUCUCAUCUGUGGCCCCCAGAGCGCCGUCCUUCACAUUAUAACCCGCCGACGUCUGGACAUCCAGCAUGGGUCAAGGGCGUGGAGCCGAGAAUGGAGGAAAGAGGAGGAAGAAGGACAGAGAUUUGGAUGAGCUGAAGAAGGAAGUGGCCUUGGAUGACCACAAAAUAGCUCUGGACGAUUUGGGAAAACGCUACGGUGUGGACCUCACACGGGGCUUGACCAAUGCCAGAGCUGCGGAGAUUCUGGCCAGGGAUGGUCCAAACUCCCUGACUCCUCCACCCACCACCCCCGAGUGGAUCAAGUUCUGCCGUCAGCUGUUCGGCGGCUUCUCCAUCCUGCUCUGGAUCGGUGCCACCCUCUGCUUCCUGGCCUACAGCAUCCAGGUGGCCAUGGAGGACGAGCCGCCCAAUGACAAUCUGUACCUGGGUGUGGUGUUGGCAGCCGUGGUGAUCAUCACUGGCUGCUUCUCCUACUUCCAAGAGGCCAAGAGCUCCCGCAUCAUGGACUCCUUCAAAAAAAUGGUGCCCCAGCAAGCGUUGGUGAUACGGGAGGGGGAGAAGAUGCAGAUCAAUGCGGAGUUUGUGGUGCUGGGAGAUCUGGUGGAGAUCAAAGGGGGAGACCGCAUCCCAGCUGACCUUCGAGUGGUCUCCUCCAGCGGAUGCAAGGUGGACAACUCCUCUCUGACGGGAGAGUCGGAGCCCCAGACUCGCUCCCCGGAGUUCACGCACGAAAAUCCCCUCGAGACCCGCAACAUCAGCUUCUUUUCCACCAACUGCGUGGAGGGUACGGCACACGGCAUCGUGAUAGCCACCGGGGACCGCACGGUGAUGGGGCGCAUCGCGACGCUGGCGUCUGAGCUGGAAGUCCGCCAGACGCCCAUCAACAUCGAGAUUGAACACUUCAUCCACAUCAUCACGGGCGUUGCCGUCUUCCUGGGCGUGUCCUUCUUCAUCCUGUCCCUUAUCCUGGGCUACACCUGGCUGGAGGCCGUCAUCUUCCUCAUCGGCAUCAUCGUUGCAAAUGUGCCUGAGGGACUGCUGGCUACUGUCACUGUGUGCCUGACUCUCACUGCCAAGCGAAUGGCCAAGAAGAAUUGUCUGGUGAAGAACCUGGAGGCCGUAGAGACGCUCGGCUCCACCUCCACCAUCUGCUCUGACAAGACGGGCACACUGACCCAGAACCGCAUGACUGUGGCCCACAUGUGGUUUGACAACCAGAUCCACGAGGCCGACACCACUGAAGACCAGUCAGGUUUGGGUUUUGACAAGACCUCUGCUACUUGGGCCGCUCUGUCUCGUGUGGCCGGUCUGUGCAACAGAGCUGAUUUCAAAGCCGGACAGGAGGACUUUCCUCUCCAGAUGAGGGAAACGGCGGGCGACGCCUCAGAGUCAGCUCUGUUGAAGUGCAUUGAGCUGUGCUGCGGAAGUGUUCGUGACAUGAGAGCCAGAAACCCCAAAGUGGCAGAAAUCCCCUUUAACUCCACCAACAAGUACCAGCUCUCAAUCCAUGAAGUGGAGGACAAUCCCUCUGGUCACAUUCUGGUCAUGAAAGGAGCACCGGAGAGAAUCUUGGACAGGUGCAGCACGAUAAUGAUCCACGGCCAGGAGCAGUCGCUUGAUGAAAACUGGAGGGACGCUUUCCAGAAUGCCUACCUGGAGCUGGGAGGACUGGGAGAGAGAGUGCUCGGCUUCUGCCACGUAGAUUUGUCCUCAACCCAGUUCCCUCGAGGAUUCACCUUCGACUGCGAAGACAUGAACUUUCCCACAGAGCAGCUCUGCUUCCUGGGCCUCAUCGCCAUGAUUGAUCCACCGCGUGCCGCUGUGCCUGACGCAGUGGGUAAAUGCCGCUCUGCUGGUAUCAAGGUGAUCAUGGUAACCGGUGACCACCCAAUCACGGCCAAGGCCAUCGCUAAAGGUGUGGGCAUCAUCUCAGAGGGCAAUGAGACGGUGGAAGACAUCGCUGAGAGACUGAACAUUCCCCUGAGCCAAGUCAACCCCAGGGAUGCCAAGGCUUGUGUGGUGCACGGUUCGGACCUAAAGGACAUGAGCACCGAGUACCUGGACGACCUGCUGAGGAACCACACCGAGAUAGUGUUUGCCCGAACCUCUCCACAGCAGAAGCUUAUCAUUGUGGAGGGCUGCCAGAGACAGGGGGCGAUCGUGGCUGUGACAGGCGAUGGUGUGAAUGACUCUCCAGCCUUGAAGAAGGCCGACAUUGGCGUUGCCAUGGGGAUCGCCGGCUCUGAUGUAUCAAAGCAAGCGGCUGACAUGAUCCUGCUGGACGACAACUUUGCCUCCAUCGUCACCGGCGUGGAGGAGGGUCGUCUCAUCUUUGACAACUUGAAGAAGUCCAUCGCUUACACACUGACCAGCAACAUCCCAGAAAUCUCACCCUUCCUCCUCUUCAUCAUCGCCAGCGUCCCUCUACCUCUGGGAACGGUGACGAUCCUCUGCAUCGACCUCGGCACUGACAUGGUCCCUGCUAUCUCUCUGGCUUAUGAGACAGCAGAGAGUGACAUCAUGAAACGCCAGCCGAGGAACCCCAAAACGGACAAGCUGGUCAACGAGCGUCUCAUCAGCAUGGCCUACGGACAAAUAGGUAUGAUCCAAGCUCUGGGAGGUUUUUUCACCUACUUUGUGAUCUUGGCUGAGAACGGCUUCCUGCCACAUACCCUUGUUGGCAUCCGCAUCAACUGGGAUGACCGCGAAGUCAACGACCUGGAGGAUACCUAUGGUCAGCAGUGGACCUAUGAGCAGAGGAAGAUCGUUGAAUUCACCUGCCACACUGCCUUCUUCGUCAGUAUUGUGGUCGUCCAGUGGGCCGAUCUCAUCAUUUGCAAGACCAGGAGGAACUCCCUCUUUCAGCAGGGCAUGAAGAACCGGAUCCUGAUCUUCGGCCUGUUCGUUGAGACCGCCCUCGCUGCUUUCCUCUCCUACUGCCCUGGAAUGGACAUUGCCUUGCGCAUGUACCCAAUGAGGAUCCUGUGGUGGUUCUGUGCCUUCCCGUACAGUCUUCUCAUCUUCGUUUAUGAUGAGAUCCGUAAAUUCAUUCUGAGGAGGAACCCUGGAGGUUGGGUGGAGCUAGAGACCUAUUAUUAACAUUCAUGAAAUGUCUGUUGGCAUUGUGUGUCUGUGAGUGAGCGUGUGGGGCUGUGUGUGUGUGUGCGUCUAUGUCAGUUGUACUUUUGCAUGGAUCAGUUCACAUAUCUGAUUAUUGUAAGAGGAAACUGCUGAAAAUAUGCUCCUGAUGGUGAUUUUAGUUGCUCUGUUUUUGUUGUUGUUUUCUCUGACAACGUUUCCAGCAGAACAAUCGUGAUGCACACAUCCGUGUCUUAAGAUAAACUAUUGCCAAAGUGAUGUAUUGUGGCCUGUUUAGCCUGUUAUAGAAAUAACAAAUGUCAUUCAUCAUGAAAUGCACGAAAUAAAAUGAUUUUCAGAAUA